CAAAAACGAUUAAUGACAUUGAAAAAAUAUCAUACGAUUGCAAAAAAUUUCUCUUUAUUUCUUUUUUAUUCAUUCAUAUUUUCGUUGUUGUUGUUGUUAUGGUCGAAAAUUGAAUGGCAUCAUCAUCAUCAUCAUCAUUGUUAAAUCUUCAGAAUCAAACACUAAGAAUAGGUAUUAAUAAUGAUCCACCAUAUACUAUUAUGGAUAAUAAUAGAUUAGCAGGAAUCGAUUUAACAAUGAUUAAAUUGAUUAGUAUGCAAUUUAAUUUUACAAUUAAUCUUGUCGAUUGUGAUGGUAUAUUUGGUUCAAAAUUAACAAAUAAAACAUGGACAGGUAUGAUAGGUAAAUUAAUUAAUAAUGAAAUCGAUAUUGGUAUCGGUGGUAUAAUGAUGACCUAUGAACGUUUUAAUUCAUUAAAUUUUCUUUAUCCAUAUACAUCUGAUCAGCUUACAUUUGCAACAAUAUUUCCAAAAACGGGUAUAAAUUUUAAUCUACUUAUUCAACCAUUUUCAACACAAGUUUGGCUUUGUCUAUUAUUAUCAUUAAUAUUAUUUAUUAUAUUUCAAGAGCUUAAAAUUUAUUUCGGAUAUGAUGAUGAUGAUGAUGAUUCAUUAAUAAUAAUGACAAACAGAACGGGUAAAAAAAUCAAUUAUCAUCGAGCAAAUAUUGUAUGGGUUGCCAUUAGUUUAUUAUUAUCACAACCAUAUCAACAAUUAAAACAUAUGAAAAAUUUGGAAAAAUUCUGUAUAAUCAUAUGGAUUAUGACCAGUAUUGUAAUACAUAUUCUAUAUGGUGUAUCAUUAUUUGCAACAUUAACAAUACCAACAAGAAUUGCAAUCGAUAGUGUUGAAAAAUUAAUGAAAAAUUGUCAACAAAAUAAAAUCAUUGUAAUUGCUCAACAACAUACAAGUAUUGAAGAAAUUUUUCUGGAAACAUUUCCAACAUUAUAUGAUUGUAUGGAAUAUAGUGAUGAUGAUGAACAGGCAUUAAAUCGGCUUAUAAUACAAAUGAACCAUGAACCAAAUUCAAUACAAUAUGCUGUUAUUUCCUAUAGGAAAACAAUUGAAUAUCAUCAAAAUGUUAUUGGUCGUUUUUAUAUACCACCAGAUAAUCAAGAAUCAUCCAUCUUAAUGACAUGGAUUUCAUUUCCUGUUCGAAAUGAUUUUCAAUAUAUCAAAUACUUUGAUAAAAUAAUUUUAUCUUAUAGAUCAGCUGGAUUAAUAAAACAUUGGCUUGACCAGAAACAAACGAAUGCCAGGAUGGUUAUCAAACAGAUUAAUCAUGAUGAUGAUCAUCAUCAAAAUGAUAAUCAUGGAGAUGGAGAUUAUUCAAUCGAUAUUAUUCGUACAUCAUCUGUACAUUUACAAAUAUUAUUCAAAAUGUAUCUAGCAUUUACAACAAUUUCAAUAAUGAUGUGUAUUGUUGAAAUUUUAAAAUUUAAAAAUUUUUUCCAUAUUUUUACAAUAUUUAUAAUUAUGCUGCCAUCUAUUAUUCGUGAUUUACAAUUAUAA